AUGUCACCUCCUGCCUCUACCUCUGACACCUCCCUUCCCAUCCGCCCGGAACCUGCGAAGAGCGCCAACGAGGAGUCAAAACUAACCCCUCUUGAAAAGUCGGAACUGGCUCUUGCCGACAAAUACAGCUCUCCCGAUGUUUACAUUAAUGGUGAAACGGACACUUGCUGGCAUCCCUGGCACGAAAACCUUGAGCUGAAGCCUCUGCGAUUUGAGACGCGGACGGGCACGUUUGUGGUCGUGCUGCGCAGCUCUGAAGACACCUGGUUGGGCAAACACAGGCAUCGCGGCACUGUGACAGCUGUCACGCUCAAGGGAGAAUGGAACUAUAAGGAAUAUGACUGGGUCGCCAGACCCGGUGACUAUGUGGUUGAAAAUCCCGGAACUAUUCACACUCUGCACAUGAGCAAGGGAGCGGAGGUUGUUUUCACUGUCUCAGGCAGUCUUGAGUUUUUCAACGAUGAUGAUAGCUUGAAGAACACCAUGGAUGUCUUUAGUUAUGCUCAGUUGUACUAUGAGCAUUGCAAGAAGCAGGGAAUCAAGCCCAACGACGGGUUGUGGUACUAG